AGUCACAGCGCACAGAUAUUCUAGAUGUGCGUCCCAUAUUUAAAGACGACACGACUGCGCAAUUGAUUUAAAGGACUGAUUGGAAUACUGGCCUAAGAAUCCACCUGUCAUAAGACUGGUGACGUCACACUAGUGACGAGUGACUCGUGAAGCGUCGUCGGGACUCGGUUUCGCGACGAUGCGACACGGUUAGCUCCGGAUUGCGCCGCGCCGUUGAGGUGUUAUCGCGACGAGUCAAGAAAGGGGGAGGAUAGAUAGAUAGAGAGAGAUAGAGAGAGAGAGAGAGAGAGAGAGAGAGAGAGUCUGACACAGUCCUCCCCUGCUACGUGCUUGGUACAUUGCGUGGUGUUGUGUUGCAAAGCGUUGACAUUGAAAGUAUCCCGCGAUAAGUGGUGCCGCCGUCGCCGUCGCCGUCACUGUCGCCGUCGUUGUCGUGCGUUUGCCCGAUGCUGAAAUGAAGCAGAAGCGCGUCAUGUAUGGCGACGCGCGGAAAUUGUGCGAGAGACAAACGCAAUUGGCCCCGUACGGGCCCUGCCUCACGUCGGACUAAUGAUCAAUGGCUUUAUUCGAGAAGAGAUACACGAAUAAAGUGCUGUUAGAUGAUACGGAGCAGCUGACGAGCGUCAUCGAAAAUGCUAGGACCAUCGAUGGACAUACGGAAUACGUAAUCAAAACACAAAGAGGUCCACUUCCCGAAAGAUUUUGGAGAGUAAGCAGACGUUACAAUGACUUCGUACAACUCAAUACAGCUUUAUCCAUAUCUGGCUUCGAUCUGCCACUACCACCAAAAAGGAUUAUUGGUAACAUGGAGCCAGACUUUAUAGCUCAGCGACAAAUAGCACUGCAGAAUUAUUUAAACUUAAUACUAAUGAAUCCUAUACUGGCAUCUUCACUUUCCACAAAGAAGUUUUUAGACCCUGAGAAUUAUACUGCACCAUUACAUGAAAUCGCACUACAACAAGUGUCAUUAGCAUUACGAAGCGAUGCCAAUUUCGAAGUAUGUAAGCCCAUUCCUGAUAUGGGAUGGCGAUUGAGGAAACAUUAUUAUACAGUGAAAAAUCGUCAGAACCCGAAACAAGAACUUCUACUAGCUUGGGUCGAGUUUGGCCCUGAUAAGCAUUUACAAGAUAAAGAUAUACAAGGGGUUUUCAAGACCCUAGGCUCUCUACGACAUACUUACAUCGAACCAAUAGUACACCAGCAUGUUACAGAUAAUGGGGCACUAAUGAUAAGAAAUUUUUAUUCGGCGGGCACAUUGCGUGACGUUUUAUGUAUCACUAAGCCUAAACAGCCAUUUAUAAAGAAAUAUGGAAAUCCAAAACAAAUAAAAGCAUUAACAAUACAAGAAAUUGCUACGUACGGUUAUCAGAUAUUAGAAGCUCUAGGAUUUCUUCAUGAAAAAGGAUUACCUUACGGACAUUUACACACUGGCAAUGUCCUUUUAACACCAAGAUGCGCUAAAUUAUUGGAUAUAGAAAAUGGACUCCUAGGAUUGCCGGCAUUUUAUCGGCCUUACGUGGUGCAAAGGCGCAAAUUGCACGCCACGACUCAGGUUGAUGUAUAUUCAUUUGGACAUGUUUUAUAUGAAAUGACGUUCGGACGACCACUUUUGGAGGCCACGUGUUCCGAUUUACCGCAGUGCGAAACGAAUUUAAAAAAUUUGCUAGAGGUCAUCUUAUCACCGGAAGCUUUGAAACAGGAUCUACCAACAGUAGUACGGUUGUUGGAACAUCCAUUCUUCGAAUCAGCGAGGCGCGCUGCGUUGGCAAUUGGUACUGUGGAAAAGCCGUACUUUAAACUGAGCAAUCAUUUAAAAGAGGCUUUACAAGAAGCUGUAAACAAAGCUGAACAACGACUGCGCGAUGAACAGAAAGUUGCUCGACAUCAAAAGAGGCUCGUUAAGGUUCAAGAAAUGAUGAGUUCAGAAGAAGAAAUGAAGAAACGAAAACAUAAACUGAAAAAGGAACAGAAAUUGGCGCAAGAACAACGUUUUUCCUCGCAGCUAGGUACAAACGGAACAAAGCAAAUAAAUGGUAAGAGUCCAGAACGUUCGGACAGUCCCACAAGUACUUCCACGGCUACCAGCGUUGGAACGUUGACUCCUCCAUCACUUCGUUCUGUGGAAGUUACGCAAACAAGUGCAGUUCCUGGUAAAGGUAUUCCACCACCACCACCACCACCACCACCACCUUCGUUACCACCGCCACAUGAAGCAUCCGGUGGUGCAUCGAAUAGUGUAUCAAAAUCAUCAAAUGAUCGUGCUGCUUUACUUGGAAGUAUUUGCAAUUUUGACAAGACGAGACUGCGAAGGAUUACAAAUGGACAUCGUUAGAAACAUUAGAUAUAUAAAAGAAAAAGUCAGACAAAUCUAUUUCAAAUCUGGCGUGAUUGCUGUGCAAUGUCGAACAAAGAACUUCCCUUGCUUAAUUAGGACAAGAUAACGUACCUGUAGAUUAUUAUGAUGGAUUGAAAGGUUGUUUGAAUGAUAACUGUAUCGUGCUUCUUGUGACACCUAAUAGAACUGAAUAUUAUUUCUCUUCGAUCGCGACACUUGCAUACAUUUUAUGAAUUUUUAAAAUUUCGAUAUCUUAUUUAUUGAUGCUCGCUAUAUAAACAAGAGUUUAGCUUAAAGUAAUUAUAUUAAGAGUACUAUAUUAAAUUUGUGAUAUAUAUGUAUAUGAGCGAUGUUAGAUUAUCCCGUUUGGCCUAUUCUAAGUUUUGACGAAAUAUAAUACAGCGCUUACUUCGUUUGUAUUAGAUCUGCCGUCCAAAAACGAGCCUAAACGUACAGAACAACCAAUCAAAAUAUCAAUUGCUUUGGAAAAUUUGUCAUUUUUACAAGUCGUUUCGUAUCAUAUUCUUUCCAUAUACGCUAGAAAUAGAAAGAUUGUGUGAUUAGAAAAAAUUUGUAUGAUAUAAUAGCAGUAUAUAAUUGUAUAUCUAAUUUAUGGAAUAUGCGUACAGUAAUUAUGCUGGGAGCAAUUUGAAACAUUUUUAGAUUUAUUUUGAUUGACAUUUUUAUGACUGCUCGACUGUAAGUCAAGAAUAUACAUUCGCGAUAUAAUUAUUCGAGAAAUUCCAUUUUCUAGUCUAACAUAUCUCCCUGUUAUUAUACAGUUGAUAGCACCAUAAAAUUUUAUAACAUAUCUUGUUUAACGCGGGCCAAGUUUCGCGAUCGAUUUUAUAUUGUUAACCAAGGCUUAUUUUUCUCUUUCUAUAUAUAUAUAUAUAUAUCAAAUUUUUUUAAUAUAAAAGAAAAUAAAAGGCAGUGAUACAAUGGGGUGAUAGUAUGUAUAUUAAGUAAAUUUUCUCUCGUUAUACUCAUCUACUGUUCUGUCUAUUCAAAGUUUAUGCUAUACAUAAUAUAUAUAAAUACAUAGUUCUCGUUCGUGUUCGUACGAUACAAUACGAGGAUCGUACGCCGCUUUUGUAUCGCUCGUAAGACUGGAAUGUCCAGUUUUAUAAAUUAAAAACGUGCCAAGGGAUUUGCGGUCUUCGUAUUGAUAGAUUAUAUGAUAUCAGCAGUUAUGUAAUCCAUAGCAUCUAUCUAUUUCUAUAUAUAUAUAUCGACAACAGUUAAGUGUAUGUCCUGUAUAAUCAAUUUGUGGAUAUUAUAAUGAAAUCUGUAAUAUAUAAUCACACCUUUUAAUAUAUUUAUCACUGUCUUAGAUGUACAUGGUAAUUGAUUACGUGAAUCGGUUUCUGAUAGCAACAAUGAUAAUUCAAAAGGCAUAUAAAUAAUAAGAUGGAAAUAUAUGUUAGGAUUAUAUAUUUAUCUCUACUCUUCACAGGAUCUACUAGUAAUUAUAUCAGCUUCCAAAAGUCUACAUACACUCAACAGUGUAAAAUAAGCUCUUGUAAUCUUAUUAUGAAAUUAUGAAAUUUUAGGUUCAACAAAAUCUUGCAAAAAAUAUCUUGACGUCACCAGUAUCUAUAUCAAUAUAUUUGACAAUAUAAAUAUUUUUUGAAAAAAGACGGAGAACGAUAGAUAUUAGAGUUUGUCGGUGAACAAAAAUACUAUUCUUUUAAAUUAUGUUUAUGCAUAUAGUAAUAAAAUCUUCAGAAUCGAUGAUCAACGAACUCUUUGAGAAUCCCUUAUAAUUGGCAUGAUUUUUAUGUAUUACUUUAGAUUACCCUUUGCAAAGUCAUUGCCUUACACGUUUGUAAACAGAUAGUGUAUAUAGCAUGCAGAAAUGGUGUAAAAACUUUACGUAUUCUAGGGAAGGGAACAAAAAUUUUACGUUUACUUCACGUUAAGAAAAAUGUGAAGAACGAUAAAACAAACACAAGUUUUUAUUUCAGAUGCUAGAGAAAAACGAUAUUUUAAUACUUAAUGAUAUAUUCAACAUGUAUAUGAUACAUAUAUAAAUUUAUCACGUUCGAAUAACCCCAAAAAUUUUGAUAGCAGUCCGUGUGUAUAGUAUAAAAGUAUAUGUAUUCAACAUUGUGUAUAUACGCACACAUACAGGAGCGUACAUAGAUAUGCGAUUGUCAUAAUAACAGCUGUUGUAACGACUUAAUAUAUCGUAAUAAAUAUUUAAAAAAAACUAUCAUG